AUGGACCUGCCAGGGAAUGCUCAAAGAAACUUCUGUGGCUCGCACGAAGUGUUCUUCGAACAUUUCUGGCUGAGGCCGUCUUCUGUUCAAAUAUGGGCUGUACGUUCUAAGAACACUGCUUUGUUCUACGGACAUGUCGUGUUAGGCCGAUACGACUGCCUGGACGGUCGGUCCCUGCUCAAAUGCCGCCACGUUUCCCUCGGUUUCCCCUGGGAGGCCCUCGUCGCCGCCGCUGGAUGCGCCUCGGAAUCCUGGUCAGAAGGCGCCCCGGGAGAGGUCCGGGAAGUUGCGGUGCCAUUUCGUUUGUCUCCCCAAGGGCUCCAACGAGGGCGCGAAAUUAUUCGCGCUUCGCGGGCCUCGUUCCUCCUCCUCCUCCUCCUCCUCCUCCUCCUCUUCUCCCUUUGGGGGGGCGGCGCGAGAGCGCGAAGUUAUUCGCGCUUCGCGCAGCGCGAAGCGCGAAGUUGGGAGCCCUUGGUUUUGGUCUCCCCAGGAGGCGGGCGCGGCGGCGGGUGGGCCGAGGCGGCGGGCGGCCGGGUCGGGCGCGCGCGGGGGCGGGGCGGCGCCAGGCGCCUGGACCUCCCGUCGCCAUCCGCCCUCCUCGCGGGGCCGCUGGACCCUGCGGCGCGGCCGCGCGCGCGGCCGCGGGCCCGUGCGGGCGCCUCGUUCCUGCUGCUGCAGGGCGAGCGGCAGAAGCCGGGCGCGCCGCUGCCGGGGUACGCGUACACCCCGCAGAUGAUAGGCUCGGGGGUCGGCACGACUUCUUAUUCUUCUACCAUCGCCACGCGCCUGACCCCGGGCACCAAGGCGCUGGUGCUGGUGGCGAGCGACGACGACGCGUUCGACGAGAGGGGAGAGCCCGCCGGCCCGCUGUGGGCUGUGGCCAACAUCUCGCUUAAGGAUGCCGAGGGCCUUUCGCAUCCCAAGAGUGGUCGUGUCGUGGUGCCGUACCACGGGGCAGACCCCGUCGACGAUGGCGUCCACCGCGUCUUCUUCCGUGCUUACGAGCUGGACGAUCUCGUGCCGGAGGACAAGCUGGCGAGCUGGGAGACGCUCUCCCAGUGGAUGGCCAGCAGCGGUCUCACCAAGGAGGCCCUCCACGAGUCCCAGCGGCUCUCGGAGUUCCUGUUCACGGCGGUGCACAGGCUGCCAGAGUACCACCCCACGAAGUACGAUCCCGCAACUGGGGACUACGUGGAGGUGGGCUCUGUUCACGCCCACCACUUCUACGACAAAGACGGCAACCUCUUGUACGAAUGA